UAUAAUUAAUUCCCAGCGAUACUCCAAGAUAGCAUGUAGAUUUGUGAGUUGCGAGGACUUUCUACUACAACAUUUAUCUCACAGACGAAUAUUUACUAUUGUCAAUAUUCUUGAUAUAUACUGUAUGUGACAGAAGAUUCGGGAGGAAAAUUCUCUUUUGAUGUAACCUCGGUGGAAUGAUUUUCGGUUUAUCAACUUAGGCUUGUUUAGUUCAUGUGUAUAAUAACAGAAAUAUGAAACCGGAAAAAGAAGAGUUGCCCUCACAAAAAAAUAUCCAGAACAAAUAUAUGGAUGUGGAUCUGGAUAGAGCCUUGGACCUCUCUGGCGCCGGAAGGUACCAGGUAUUCCAUUGUGCAAUGAUGUUGGCCGUUAUUAGUACUGUCAUCGUUGAAAUGAUUGGAAACGCAUUUAUUUUACCAGCUGCGGUGUGUGACCUUGGAUUGUCUAAUAGUCUACGGGGUUUACUUACAUCUGUUCCCAAUAUCGGCGUCAUAUUAACUGCACCCGUUUGGGGCAGGGCAGCCGACGCGUUCGGUAGGAAACCAGUGCUGCUGUUUUCUACAGCAGUUUCAGGAAUCUUUGCACUUGUGGCAGCUUUCAUGCCGAACCUGAUAAGUUUUGCAUUAUUCAAGUUUGCAAGUUCGUUAUUCCUUUCCUGUCCAUCGUCACUGGGUUUCGCGUAUGCAGGAGAAUUAAUGCCACGACAAAAGAGAGAUCUAGCAGUUAUGAUUUGCAAUGCACUCUCAAUGCUGACAUCCACUUUUUGUCCCCUCCUUGCAUGGGGCAUUCUUUCAUAUAAUUGGGACAGUAGUCCAAUACCGCUACGUCCCUGGCGAGUGUUGACAGUUGUAUACGCCGCUCCUGUUAUAUGUGCUGCUAUAUGGGUCACCCAAGCCAAAGAGAGCCCAAAAUUUCUUAUGGCUAAAGGCAGACAUGAAGAGGCGCUGGAUGUCUUGAAGCACAUCUACGCUUUUAAUACUGGAUUAGACAAAGAAAAUUAUUGUGUAAAAUCAUUGAAGAUUUGUUCCGACGAUACAAUCGAAUAUAACAGCGACUCGCCGAGCAGUAAAGAGGAUUCAUUAUCUUUAUUAAAACCGCCGCAUUUAAAGUGGCUCGUCUUGAUUGGUUUCCUUAUGUUCGGAUUAUUUUCACUGUUGAACGGGUUGUUUCUGUUCGUGCCUGACACUUUAAACAAAGCGGUGCUGUCAGAUAAACCACGAACUGUAUGCGAAUUAAUAAACCAGCCUCAGAAUCAGACGUCGGCUGUUUGCUCUGACACUAUCUCCUAUGGGACCUUCCAAGUCACAGUAAUCUGUUCUCUCGUCUAUGGAACCCUUGUGAUGUUGGUCAGCCUCAGCUCCGUCUCCAAGAGGACCCAGCUCAUCAUCAUGUACAGCCUCGUGGGCGUCACUUGCAUCAUAUCUGCCUUGACUACUAAUAAGUUACUGGCAGGCAUAUCAAUGUCGGCGCUUCAAAUAACCGCUCUGGGAAUCGGUCCGCUAACAGCUUACGCCGUAGAGAUGUUCCCAACCACUUUACGGGGAACAGCUGUGGGUGCUGUUCUUAUGUUUGGACGUGUGGGUUCCGUAGUCGGAGCCAACUUGGCUGGGGUCUUCCUCGCUGGAUCCUGUACAGCCACCUUCUAUGGCUUCUCAGGACUGUUAUUCCUGUGUGCAUUUUUGAGUGCCUUCUUACAACGAGAACAAACUACCAACCAAGUUACAUGAAGGUGCCUAUUGAGUAAACAAUUUAGUUUAAAGUUCCUUACAUU